AUGGCGAAGGUCGGCAGAAAGAAAAAGAAGACGUAUCUAACACAGAUCUGCGACGAGCACGAGGAUUCUGUAAACUGCAUGGGGCUGAGCGAAGACAAUUCAAUUCUCGUUACCGGUAGCGAAGACUGCACUGCACGUCUGUGGUCAACGCGCACGCCGACUGUCGACUGCCUUGGUGUCCUGCAGGGCCAUGAUUCCUACAUUAUAUGUAUUACUGUAGAGGAUAACUUUGUGCUUACUGGAAGUGCGGACAAGACAAUCCGUAAAUGGGACAUAAGUACCUGCGAAUGCUGUUUGAUAUUUAGCGGUCACACCUCACUAGUCAACCGAGUGCUUUGCACAGGCGAUUUCGUGUUCAGUUCCUCGUAUGAUCGCAGCGCCCGCUGCUGGGAUUUCGACACCGGCAUCUGUCUACGCGUGUUCCGAGGGCACGCCCUCGGCGUCUAUCCGCUCAUAUUUAUUCCAGCCGAUGAGGACAAUGAUGCCGAUGAUUACGAGAAUAAUCAGGAUUUCGUUGUAACCGGAUCAGCUGAUAAGUCGGCGAAAUUGUGGGCGUUCGAAACUGCGCGUUGCAUCAGAACUUUCAAAGCUCAUUCUGCCUCAUGUUUAUUUUAAUGUGUCGGUUGUGGUACAGGGCACGAUGGACCGAUAAUGUGCAUGGGUACCGACACGACAGGCCGAACUCUGUUCACGGGAAGUUCAGAUACUACUGUUCGGAGUUGGAAUCUUAUAAAGGGCGAUGAGCUGCAGGUCUUUAAAGGUCACCAGUCCGGAAUCGUAUGCAUGCAGAUUUUGGGAAAGUUGAUGUAUACUGGCAGCUCUGAUCACACCGGCAGAGCGUGGGUGACAGAAUUUGGGGAUUGUACGCGAGUCUACAAAGGACAUAAUCAUAGCGUAACCUCAUUGAAAUGCUACCAUGGAUUAGUUUUUACUGGGUGUGGCGAUGGAAAUGCUCGUGCGUUCGACGCAAAGUCGGGUACAAUAAAGAGGACAUAUACUGGUCAUGAGAGCGCCCUUUCGUGUCUACAGGUGGUCGAGAAGAGACUGUUCAGUGGUUCGUAUGACGGAACGCUGCGUGUUUGGGAUGCCAGUGGAAUGAACGAAGAAACGAGUUUACAAGAGGAAUCCGAAGCCGAGCAGGCGCUCAAAGCAGCUGAUGGUAAGAGCAAACAGCAGGAGAAGGAGAUACAGAAGCUCUCCGGUGCGUUGUCUGGCGGCAGCGCCCCCAACAACACGCUCGUAAAUGGUGAGAACACAACUAUUAUCAUGGACAACAACGAAAAUAUUGGCCUUAACGCAUCGGACAUGACCGAAGGCGAACUGGACGAGGAAGUGUUGAACGCCUAUAAUCAGGGUAGAUAA